GACACUGGGCGGUUCAUGAAUGGGGGUUUGAAGUGGGAGGGCCCCGUCAUCUGACUUUUACCAGGCAGGGUGAAACAGAAAUAAGAAGUGGGUGUUGUUGCCAUAGUGUUUGGGGUGUUUUGUUUUCUUUUUGGGUGCGAUGCAUCUUCAUGACUGUUUUUGAAAAGCCACGAGCAGCAGCGGGUUCACUGCGCCGACCGACCCCGAGCAGAGCAGACCCCCAUCAGCUGAGACGGGCAGGCCAGCACACAGCAGCCGUGCAUCGGAAAGGUGGUGGUGGUGGAGGAGUGUGUGUGUGUGAGUGUGGUGUGAGUGAGUGAGUGGUUGAGUGAGUUGUGUGUGAGUGUGUGUGAGAGUGUGGAGCCUCCAACCCAGCUACACGGAGAGAGAGAGAGAGCCGUGUCGGGGAGCCAUGGGUUUCCGCAAGAAGAACAAGAGCCCACCGGUGCUGAGCCACGAGUUUGUGAUCCAGAAUCACGCCGACAUGGUUUCGUGCUUGGCCAUGAUUAUCCUCCUCGGCCUGAUGUUCGAGGUCACAGCAAAGUUUGCCAUCAUGUUCAUCACGGUCCAGUACAACGUGACACAGGUUCUUGAUGAGAAGAGUGAGCCGGUGAACCUCUACCAGUACGGUCCUAAAGAUGUGGCCACUGUGUUUUUCUACCUGCUUAUCGCGGUCAUCCUUCAUGCCUUGAUACAAGAAUAUAUUCUCGACAAAAUGAACAGGAGGUUGCACCUGUCAAAAACCAAACACAGCAAGUUCAAUGAGUCUGGACAGCUCGCUGCGUUCUACCUAUUCUCCUUCAUCUGGGGCUGCAGCAUCCUGACAGCGGAGGACUUUGCAACAAAUCCAACUUUCUUAUGGGAGGGUUACCCACACACUCACAUGGUUUUUCAGGUCAAGUUCUUCUACAUUUGCCAAAUUGCCUAUUGGUUCCAUGCACUUCCUGAGCUGUACUUUCAAAAAGUACGGAAGGAGGACAUCCCCCGCCAGCUCUACUACAUUUGCCUUUAUGUUGUCCACAUCACUGGUGCCUAUGUCUUAAAUCUCCACCGACUGGGCCUGGUGUUGCUGGUCCCUCACUACCUGGUGGAGCUCCUGUUCCACGCUUCACGCCUCUUCUACUUCAGCGACGAGAACAAGCAGAAAGGUUUUACUCUGUGGGCGCUGCUUUUUGUCAUUGCCCGCCUCCUCACCCUCACACUCUCAGUUCUGACGUUUGGCUUUGGACUGCCCCGUACAGAAAACCAGGGCUUCUCCCUAGCAGAAGGCAACUUCAAUGUGCUGACCAUAAGGAUGACUUGUCUGGCAGCCAUCUGCCUGACACAGGCCUGGAUGAUGUGGAAAUUCAUUAACUUUCAGUUGAAAAAGUGGAGGGAGCACAGCCAGAACCAGGCCUCAAAGAAGAAGACGGUCAGCCCAAAGAGUAAGCCCCACAAAAGGGAGCCCACAAGGGGAGGUGCUUCCAAUGGGGUCGUGAAGUCUGAGGAUAAAACAUCACCACGGGCAAGAAAAGCCAAAGCUUCAUAGAGAUGGAAGAAGUGGGGAAACAAACUCAGUGAGGGAGUUCUGACAAUGUGACAUUAUGUCUUUACACAACUUCAAAUUUUGUCUACUGUUCUCCAAAACAAAUGUUUAAGCGCACUAAGAAACCUUACAUAGCUGUCCCUUUGGGGGUUGAAACUCCUUUUUGAAAAAGUUCAGUGUUACUGUCUGCUAGAAGUGUUUAUUAUUAAUUUGGGUUCUCUGCAGAUGGGACGUUGGCAGGACAGUGCUGGUUUUGAUGCUUUAACAGGAUAGAUUUAGCUUUUCAAAGUGUCCUUUUGUGUAAAGCUACGAUCACUCGCCGGGUACUUUAAACUGGGUUGCUCUUCAGUAAUUUGACAUGUCAUCAGUUAACAUCACAGUACCUUAACAAGCAAAUUCUGACUUCAGGGCAACUUAACAUAAAGUGUUAAUGUGCAGAUUAACUGUAUAGUGUGUCAUUUUAAGUUUAGGCCUUAUUCAGUUAAACUCACAAAACAGGCUACUGGCUCAAGUCCCAAAAUAAAGCCUUUCUUGCUCUGCAAGACAGCACUCCUAUAUUCUGCUGUUGUCAGGAAAAGAUCAUCAAUUAAUUGCUCCAGAGAAAUAUUUGUGCUAUUUAGGUAUUUGGCAUGGCUGCAGCCAGGAAACUGAAGCUUGUGCUUAACUUCUUGAUCAUUUACUGCCAUUUAUUUGACAGCCUCUGCCUUUGAAAUCCAACAUGUUACAGGAUUGAGGCACUUUUUGUAUUUCUGUUUGCUUUUAUCACUAGCCUGGUAAUCGGCUUCACCCUGUCACAGGGGCUCAUCCAGGUUUGGUGACUUACCAAGAGGAAGCUGUACUGUAACCUGUAAUGCUGUACUGUAUGCAUACAGUUAAAUCUUUUUAUAAUGGCAUGAUCGGAAACUUGAGCAAGAAACUGUUUGAGGCUGCGAUUCAGUCUUUUAUAUGGUAAUAUCAAUGCAUGAUGGUUUAAGGCUAAAGAGUUUAUGGCUAGUUCCUACCUGUGCUGUUGAGUUUGCAUCUCUCUUCCUGCUCUCUCCUCUCUCUCUCUCUCUCACAACACAC